AUGCCAUGCAAGACAAGGCAUGGACAAGUAAAUGAAGUAAUCCUGUAUCUGGCUAUCCAAGUGAUGAAAAAGGUGGCAAUAUCUUCAAGAAAGCAUACUUUUUAUGAGAGCACCUCAGGUAGCAUCUCUCAAUCUUACACUUUUUCUGACCACGUCUCUCAAGUCAAAAAGCCCUUUCAACACCUGAAAGAUGCCUACGGAGACCUUCGCAGCCCGGCAAACCCCUUCCCCGGGGCCGUUCAGCCCCGAAGGGCCGCCGCGCCGCUCUCCAGCCCGUUCCCCGAGGGCAGGGACGCUCCGCCCGACCCGGCUGCCCCCGCAACAGUUGGGUUUCGUUUCCCUCAUGCUCCGGCCUCGCCCGCGGCCUCUCCCGGGCCGGCUCCUCACCGUCCCGCCAAGCCCCAGCUUCCCCCCAGCGCCCGGGGGACCCCCCUAGCCCGUCCCGGCCGGGAGUGUCCGGCCCUGCCCGGGCGCCGCGGGACACAGGAGCGGGGCAGGGCAGAGCUCAGCCGCCGGCAGCGGAGCAACGGCUCGUCCCGUCCCCACCCUCACCUUCCCCCGCCCCUUCCCCCGAGAACCGCCCGCGGGGGGCGGCCUGGGGGCGGACAGCCCGCCGCGCCCACCCCGGGCCCGGGACAGGCCCUGCCCGCAGCCCCGCUGCCCCGCACCUACCGGCGGCACUCGCCCGCUCCCCGGCCGGACUGCGAGAGGAGCCGGCGCCUGCCCGCACCUGGGAGCGGCCAGGGGAGGAGAAGGGAAGGAGGAGGGAAGAAAAAGUCGGUGGAAGCGCAAAAGUGCCCGACGCGGAGCGGCGUGACCCUCCCGCCCCCGCAACGGGCCGUCCGGGCUGUCGGGGAACUCCGCCGCUCCUGCCGAGAGGCUUUACUCAGCGACCCACAACUGCUCUGCCACUCCCCGGCACCGGCGUCACCGCACUCCACGUUUCGAACAUGUAUAAAGCUUCAAUUCAAACCCAUCCCAGAGCCAGGAUUCAGGUUUCAUAGGACAAAAGGGGCUCUUACUCCAAAUGGCAAUAAGCCCAACGGAGAGCUCUGCAGUCACAGCAAUCUACUGAACCGCCUGCAGGUACAGGUACUCAGAGGCGGGCGAGAGGAGCGCCGGGGCCGGACCAGAAACCUCCAGCAUCCUCCGUCCCUUCGCGGGGCGCCUGCAAGGGCUGCCCGGCACGCUCUGCUCCCUCACGCCCCUGAGGCGGCCGAGGGCGGCGGCGGGAGGGGGCGCGCCCCCUCCGGGGAGCCCUUUACCUCACCUUCGCCUUCCUCGGGCCCCCGGCCCCUCUCCCCGAGACCCACCACCGCCCCGCGGGCGGCCCACAGCCUCUGUCAGGGUUCGGUGGGGGGAGAGGAAGGCACAGCCUACCCGCCGCCGCCGCCCCGCCCGUCAGCUGUUGCUGGCCGGGCCCUGCGCGCCGGCCGCUGA